AUGGAUCCAUUCUUGUCUGCUUCAAAUGUUCAGGUUUGCAAUCAUAUACCCGAUGACAUUGUUUUCUCUAUUCUCUCUAAACUGUCUCUCAAAUCUUUGAACCGAUUUGAAUCUGUAUGCAAACCAUGGUCUCUCUUAUUUGAUAACUCUAAUUUCAUGAGUAUGUAUCGCAACUAUUUCAUAUCCAAGGAUCAUUCUUUUUACGAUGAUAUAUCUCUUCUCUUAUAUUUCAAAGAAGAUGAUGCAUUGUACUCUCUUUCCGGUGACAGAUUUGAGAAUAUAGUUAAAUUAGAUUUACCAAGGGUUUCUCUUAGAGAUGGGAGAGACAGCUAUUCUUUCCACAUUUUGGGUCCAAUUAGUUUUAAUGACACUCUUUUUCUCCAAUAUUAUAACAAUCGUGGCAAAAAAAAAUUUGUGGUGUGGAAACCGACUACCACGGAAUUCAGGACCAUUUCUGCCGAAACUAAUAAUUUUUCAAACAUUUGGUCCAAUCAAUAUCAAGUUGGUUAUGAUCAUGUUAACGAUGAUUAUAAGAUGAUUAGGCGCACUCAUUGUCCUCCCAAAACUAACCAAGGGGUUUCCACUUUCUGGGAGAUAUAUAGCCUAAACAAUAACUCUUGGGGGAAAAUUGAUGACGAUUUUCCUAACUCAUAUGUAUGUGGUGAAGAAGUGUACGUUGAUGGAGUGUCUCAUUGGUGGGGAACAGUGAAAGCACGUAUACAUUUGGUGUCAUUUGACUUCAGCAAAGAAUCUUUCCUUACAACACCCAUGCCUUCUUACGCAGAUGAUGUUUUUGAUUUUAGAUCGACUAGGACGAGAAUAUUGACAUUAUUGAAUGGUUCUGUUGCUUUUAUAGUAAGUUAUGAAGAGAUAAAUACAUUUCAUAUUUCAGUUUUGGGUGACCUCGGUGUAAAGGAAUCAUGGACUAAACUCUUUAUUGUUGGGCCUUUACCUUGCCUUCGGUUGCCAAUUGGAAUUGGGAAGAAAGGAAAUAUAUUGAUCAGAAAGAAAGAUAACGAACUAGCUUGGUUUGAUAUAAGUUCUGGGACUAUUGAUGAGAUUGGUGUUACAACAAAAUCUCGUGGCAAGAUAUUAUUCUAUAAAGAAAGCUUUCUUCCAGAUGGUGGAAUAUAUAGUAAAUUUUCUUCUUGUUUUCACUACCGUUGA